AACUUGUGAGUUGUGACUGAACAUAAAACUGUUCCUCCCUCUCUUUUCUCUCUCUCUCUCUCCUCACUCUCAAGCACACGACCCACACGCACACACAUACUCGAAAACAAAAUCAAGAACCCUAAUAUCUAAACAACGUCCUGACUUAGGAUCAUAGAUGGAGGGAGAAACCGCAGCGAAGGCAGCCGCGAGUUCCUCCUCCUCACCAAGCCGUUACGAGUCGCAGAAGAGACGAGACUGGAACACUUUCCUUCAGUAUCUAAAGAACCACAAGCCACCUCUGAGUCUGUCUCGUUGCAGUGGCGCACACGUCAUCGAGUUCCUUAAGUACCUCGACCAGUUUGGUAAGACCAAAGUCCACGUCGUGGCUUGUCCCUUCUUCGGAGAGCCUAACCCACCGGCUCAGUGCACCUGCCCUCUCAAGCAAGCUUGGGGAAGCCUGGACGCUCUCAUCGGCCGUCUAAGGGCUGCGUUCGAAGAAAUCGGCGGUGGUCUUCCUGAGUCUAACCCUUUCGCUGCCAAGGCCGUUAGGAUCUAUCUUAAGGAAGUCCGUGAAUCUCAGGCUAAGGCUCGAGGGAUUCCCUACGACAAGAAAAAGCGGAAACGGCCUCCUACGUCCACGGCAGCUCCAACCGCCGGUGAUGGAGACGACGCCGGAGGAAGUGGUGGUGGUGCUGCUUUGGUCGUUAGUGCUGCAACUACGGCAUAGUUGGGCGAUUCGGAAAAAAAUUCCACAUACCUAAUGCUAUAUCUAAGAGAAAACUAUGGUGUAGUGAUUCUUGAGUUCUUUACUUUCUAAUUUUUUACUUAUAGAUGAUAUAUUUUGUUUAUUUGAUGAUUCAAGAUAUAUAUGUAAAUUUCAAUUGUAUAGAUGGAAGAGACGAUCAACGAUUAUUAAUAAGAACUUAUUAUGAUUAGCUAUCUACAA